AUGGUAUACCAGAAACGCGUAUCCAUACUAAGAACGCUCUUCAAUUUGGUGGCCAUAGUGAUCCAGCUUCAACUCAACUACUUGAUACACAUAUUCAACGCCAUCACAGGUAGAACGAAGUCCAUAAUCAGGGCCGGAGAUAUAACACAAAUAGCCAAAGUAUCCGACUACUUGAUAAGAGAGCAUGUGGUUACAACAAAAGAUAGCUACUUACUAGUGGUCCACAAGCUCGAAAAGCGAGACUCAGUAUACAACGGACACGGUAAGAUUGCCUACUUCCACCACGGCUUGUGCACUAACUCAGAACUAUUCGUUUUGGGAUCAGAGAAGAACAAAAAUCUCCCAUACUUGUUGGCAGACUUGGGAUGGGAGGUUUGGUUGGGAAAUAACCGUGGGAAUAAGUAUUCCAGAAAACAUUUAAAGUUGUCGGUGUCUGACCCCGAGUUUUGGGACUUUUCAUUAGAUGAAUUUGCAUACUACGAUAUCCCCGAUACGAUCCUGUACAUUUUAAGCUUCUAUACUCAUGAGGACAAAGUCACUUACCUUGGAUUUUCUCAGGGGUGUUCCCAGUUAUUUGCCAGUUUGAGUUUGAAGCCUACCUUGAAUAACCAGAUUAAUUACUUUGUGGGCUUAUCUCCUGCAGUGAUACCCAAGAAUCUCAACCAUACCGUAUUCAAAACUAUAUGUGAUUAUUCGGCUAACGAUAACACCUUCUUGCAUAGCAUUUUUGGCUACAGAGCAAUAUUGCCCUCGGUAUCAUUCUGGGCGUAUCUUAUGGGACCCAAUCUUUAUGAGAGGGUAAUUAAUGCAUCAUUAAUUCUACUCUUUAACUGGAAGUCGCAAAACAUUUCAAAGGACCAGAUGAAAAUCGGGUACCCCCACAUGUUUUCCAUUACUUCUGUCAAAACUGUGGUACACUGGUUUCAAAUCAUUACUGCAAAACGGUUCCAAAUGUUCGAUGAAACAUGUGGGAUUGGAUUAACUAGUUUGUCCACUAUGUGCAAAUCUCCACAAUACACGGUGCACAAUGCUGCACCAUUCCCAAUUGCACACCACCUUAAUGUCCCUAUGUUACUCUUUUACGGAGAUUCGGAUAUAUUGGUGGAUAUUGAGGAAACAAAAAAGCUCAUUUUGGAGCAUAACGAUAGAAUGAAAUCAAAAUUGGAAGUGGUAGCCUGUUCGGGGUACGAACAUAUGGAUGUGUUAUGGGCUAAUGAUGUCUACGAAAAGGUAUUCAGCAAACAAACCACCUCGAUGGGUGCACUCAAUGGAGAACACAUAUCACAAAAGAAGUUGACUAACUUCGAGUGGAACGGCAAUGACUACAGCCCAUAG